AUGGUUAGUUGCGUCUGUUCCACUUCUCUAGCCACAUCGGUGUGUCGGGGAUGGGCAUCAGCCACAUUGGUGUGCCUUGUAUUCUAUGAUAAAGGCUGGAAUCUGAUUCUCUUGAUUCUGAGUGCUGGUGUUGUAGACGCAGAACUAAUCCGCGCCGGGACAGGAGGAUUACACAGACAUUUGCUCCAUGCUGUUCGCCAGCACUGGACCGCUAAAAGAGGUGAAGGUCAAGCUCUGAGCUCAGCAUCCUUUGUUGAACCGCCUCCCUGGACUCUUGUUAUCCUAAAUUGCUUCUUAAAACGCUGGAAAGUCUUCCUAUUUGCAGAUUCUCUCGGGCCAACGUUUGUUAUUUGCAUCUGCAGGGUCGCCCUGUGUCAACAAGUGAAGGUAAUUGUGGCAAGCGUUGAGAAACUCAGGGAGCGUGGUCUUGCGGGUUCUCUCUUCCGCCUGUUCGCGUUUUCGUUGCUCUUCCUUCUGGGCCUCCUCUGCUGCCUCGCGUCUGCGUUGUUCUUCCUGCUGCGCCUGCUCCGCCGCUUCGCGCCUGCAUUGCUCCUCUUCACGCCUGCGUUUUUCUUCGAGAAACAGCUUCUUGUAAUUGGGCGACUGUUCAGCCUGGCUGCCCAGGCGCGCUUCGGAGCGAUAGCAGAUAAUGAACAAAAGGACAAACGCUGGAUGCUGCUCAUAAUAGAUGGAUGCGAAGCAUCACUACGUAGCGAGCAAAAUAAUAGGUACCUAGGUUUCGCAAAAAUUACAACUCUUGUCGUCCCCUCCAGACCUAACGCAGAGCCAUCUGUCAUCCGUAUAAAGUCUGAUAUUUCCCUACGGCGGCUGAAAGAGGAUGUAUCAUGCAAUGUAGCCACGCGGAUCGGUACCUCCCAAAUUAAGCGAGAUGACUUAUCUCAAUUAGCCACACCAAGAACACGUGAUCGGGGGAGUCUGUGGCUAGAACAUUCUGAGCAGUGCUGGCGAUAG